ACCAGUGUAAAUAUUGUCGUGACGUUUAUCCACCACCAUCAGCUGCUUUGCCCCUGCAGCUUAAAACGGCAGUGAUUUUUCCACCCUGAGAUAUCCACUUUGAGUCCAUCCACGUCUCUUUUCGUUGCUCCUGUCUCUGAUCCUCUGUAUCUGUUUCCUGUCCCGCUUGAUUCUUGUCCCUAACAUGCAGAAAAGAAAGAAGCCAGAACCGAUCCAGCUGAACCCGAUUCCUGAUGGAAACACUAUCAACGGAACAGGAGCCUCAGAAACAAACUUGGAGGCUUUGCAGAAAAAGCUGGAGGAGCUUGAGCUGGACGAGCAGCAACGGAAACGCUUGGAGGCCUUCCUGACACAGAAGCAGAAAGUGGGAGAGCUGAAGGAUGACGACUUUGAGAAGAUCUGCGAGCUCGGCGCAGGCAACGGAGGCGUCGUUUUUAAAGUCUCACAUCGACCAUCCGGUCUGAUUAUGGCCAGGAAGCUGAUCCACCUGGAGAUUAAGCCAGCCAUCAGGAACCAGAUUAUCCGGGAGCUGCAGGUGCUACAUGAGUGUAACUCUCCGUACAUAGUGGGCUUCUAUGGUGCGUUUUACAGCGAUGGAGAAAUCAGCAUCUGCAUGGAGCACAUGGAUGGUGGCUCUCUAGACCAGUCACUGAAAAAAGCAGGCAAAAUCCCAGAGGAGAUUCUUGGCAAAGUCAGCAUUGCUGUCAUCAAAGGUCUUUCCUACCUGCGCGAGAAGCACAAGAUCAUGCAUAGAGAUGUCAAGCCUUCUAACAUCCUGGUGAAUUCCCGCGGUGAGAUCAAGCUGUGUGACUUUGGAGUGAGCGGACAGCUCAUAGACUCCAUGGCCAACUCCUUUGUGGGAACUCGCUCUUACAUGUCGCCAGAGCGUCUGCAGGGAACGCAUUACUCUGUUCAGUCAGACAUCUGGAGUAUGGGUCUGUCUUUGGUGGAAAUGGCCAUCGGACGCUUCCCCAUCCCUCCACCUGAUUCCAAGGAACUGGAGCAGAUCUUUGGGUUUCCAGUGGAAGGGGAGGCAGCCUCCAGCGAGUCCCCGAAACCGUGCCCCCCUGGACGUACGGGCAGCUCGUACGGACCAAACAGCAGACCACCAAUGGCUAUAUUUGAACUACUCGAUUACAUAGUCAACGAGCCCCCACCAAAGCUCCCUGCGAUAUUUAGUGCCGAAUUCCAGGAGUUUGUGAAUAAAUGCCUGAUUAAGAAUCCUGCAGAGAGAGCAGACUUGAAGCAGCUGAUGGUGCACCCUUUUAUCAAACAAUCCGAGGCAGAAGAGGUGGACUUUGCCGGCUGGCUCUGCAGCACCAUCGGACUCAGUCAGCCUGCGACACCCACCCAUGGCACCAGCAUGUGAGACCGUC